UACCAUUAAUUCAGAACAAUAACUCUGCAAUACGCAUACGCUUUCUACAGCCCAAAUACGUAGUAGUACCAGCGGCGUAAUAAGUCGAGAAUACGGGGAGCGAUCGGGAAAAUCGGAUGGUGCAAAAGGGAAAAUCUGGUGGAAGCUUGGCAGUUCCGCGAUAUCCCCACGGAGGCGGCUCCUCCUGGCCCUCCUACUCUCUCGCACACUCCGUUUCCCUUCCUUCCUUCCUCCAAAAGCUUGUAUUUUUAGGGAGCUGAUCUCCGUCGACCCAGCUCGCGCUCUCCCCCUCUCCCUCUCGCCAUGGCCAAGAACACAUGCAAGCUCUGCAGCCGCCGCUUCGCCAGCCCCCGCGCGCUCGCCGGCCACAUGCGCUCCCACUCCGUCAAGGUCGCCGCCAGGGCGCAGCAGAUCUCGUCGGCCUCCUCCGCGUCCACCUCCUUCGCCGCCGGGGAUGACGACGCCGACGCCAAGAUGGCCAUCCAGGCCUACGUGCUCCGCGACAAGCCCAAGCGGAGGGUGCGCCUCGCCGAGUCCGACUUCUCGGAUCGCGAGAGCGAGGCGGAGUACCCCGCGCCCGACGCCAAGCGCGUGCAUGCCGGAUCGCGGGACGCCGAGCCGGUCAGCUCCGUGUCCGACGCCGCCACGCCGGAGGAGGACGUCGCGCUGUCCCUCAUGAUGCUCUCCCGCGACUCCUGGCCCACGGUGGCGUGGCCGCGGCCGUCCUACUUCUACCACGACGCCGGAGAAGCCGCGCCCCCGGCGGCCGCGGAGCAGAAGCGGACGCGGUUCCAGUGCCCCGCGUGCAAGAAGGUGUUCCGAUCGUACCAGGCGCUGGGCGGCCACCGCGCCAGCCACGUCCGCGGCGGCAGGGGCGGCUGCUGCGCGCCCCCGCCGAACCCGCCGCCGCCUCCUGCUCCCACUCACCUGCAGCCAUUGGUGGAAUGCGAGGAGGGCUCGAAGCCGCCGCCGCCGCACGAGUGCCCCUACUGCUUCCGCGUGUUCACCUCAGGGCAGGCCCUCGGCAGCCACAAGCGGUCGCAGCUCUGCACAGCCGCCGGCGUGGCCGAUCCUGCGGCGGCGAUCAAGAGCCUCGGCCUCAUUGACCUCAACCUCCCGGCGCCGUUCGAGGACCUGGAGGUCUCCGCCGUGUCAGAUCCCUUCCUCUCCGCAAGGCCAGGCUACUGAAAGCAAGCAGAGCAAUCCAGCAAUUCCUUGGUGUUGGUUGGUUGGUUGGUUGAUUCCAGUGGAGAUAGAUGAUUCGGGGUUAGGAUCAAAAAAGGGGAAGAAAACUGGCUGCCGGAGCUGUACUUCUCCCUCAGCUGUGGUGUGUCUUUUUGUUUGUUUCAAGCUAUGGAACAGAGUAGAUCGGGCCAACAAACAGAGCCAGCUACAUACUUACUAGCUAUUGUUUUUUUUCCGCUUCAUCUCGGUAGCCUAGCAAGAAAACAGUGAAUGGAAAAAAAAGGUGCAAAAUUUUAGCUAAA